UAAUGACAUAAAUGGACCUUGCUUAACCUCUGAGAACUCUCUCUCCAUAGUUGAUUUGAUGGAAAGACUAUCGUCAAACACCGGUAGGGAAGGAGCGCUGUCAUUUUCUGAACCCACUUGGCUGAAGGAGGAAGAGUCUAUGGCAUUAUGGGUCAAGUGGAGCGGGACGUGGCAGGCCGGCAUAAAAUGCGCGAGGGCGGACUGUCCAUUAUCAACAUUGAAAGCAAAACCGACUCAUGAAAUGGAGAAAUAUUUCGUCAUCUUUUUCCCUGGCACAAAGUAUUACUCUUGGGUUGAUAUGCUGCUUGUUCGACCGAUCAAUGAGUUUCCGCAGCCUAUCGCGUAUAAAACUCAUCAGGAAGGAUUGAAAAUGGUAGAAGACUUGACUGUUGCGCGGCGGUUCAUAAUGAAAAAGCUAGCUGUCAGCAUAAUGGACAUUGUUGAUCAACUUCAUUCGAAUGCUUUGAUAGAAACUGCUUGUGGUCUGAUGCUCUGGAAGGAACUUGCUAAGGAGGCUUCUCGUUGUAACGCUUAUUCGGAUUUGGGGAGAAUGCUUCUGAAGCUACAAAAUAGCAUAGCGCCGCGGUACAUAAGUGCUGCCUGGGUUAAUUCUUCAUUUCACUCUUGGGUGGAACGAUGCAAGAAUACAAACAGUGCUGAAUCAGUAGAGCUGCUGAAGGAGGAAUUGUCUGAUUCUAUUCUGUGGAGUUAUGUGAACAGUCUCUGCGGUGUGCCUGUGCAACCAAAACUUGCUUCUGCUUGCUGCGAUAUCAAUAUUUUGUCGAUUAUUUUCUCUGCUUGCUGCAAAGUUAGCCUUCAAGUCUCACUAGAAGAGAAAUAUGGGAUUUUGCCCGAAAGUCUCUGCCUGAAGGUGGAAAAACUUUGUAGCGAGUAUGAAGUUCUAGUGAAUUGGCUCCAGGACGGGUUCAUUUGUCCGAAGGGCUGUAAGGUGUAUGAGUUAGACCGCAUCAUCAAUUCAGACCCUUUAAGAUCAGGCUCAUUGCAAAAAGGUAGAGUCCUAUGUGAUGACAUAAGCUUUGGGCUGGAAUCAAUUCCAGUGAUUUGGGUUGAAUAUUUUGAAACUCUGAAUUCUCAAUUCCAACCGCCUUGGGGGAGCUUCACCUAUGUUACGAAACCCAGGCUUGAUCAAUCACUUAGUCUUCGUUCUGAGAGUCUGCAAUUGAGAUGCAACUGCUCAUUUUCUACCUGCUGUCCUGAAACAUGCAAUCAUGUGUACCUUUUCGAUACUGACUUUGGUGAUGCUAAAGACGUAUUUGGAAAACCUAUGCGUCAAAGGUUCCCCUAUGAUGAAAAUGGUCGCAUAAUACUAGAGGAAGGUUACCUUGUCUACGAGUGUAACCAUAUGUGCAGAUGCAAUAAAACCUGUCCAAACAAAAUACUGCAGAAUGGGAUUCGGGUUAAAUUGGAAGUCUUUAAAACAGAGAAAAAGGGAUGGGGAGUAAGGGCUGGUGAGGCUAUUUUGCGCGGCACAUUUAUCUGCGAGCUCAUAGGAGAAGUUUUAGAUGAGAGGGAGGCGCGUGACAGACGCAAAAGAUAUGGGAAAGAACAUUGCAGUUAUUUUUAUGACAUUGAUGCUCGCUUUAAUGAUAUGGGUAGAAUGUUUGAAGGAGAGUCCAAUUAUGUCAUUGAUGCUACUAGAUAUGGGAAUGUCUCUAGGUUCAUCAAUAGCAGCUGCUCACCCAAUCUUAUGAGUUACCAAGUUCUUGUAGAGAGCAUGGACUGUAAGCGUUCCCAUAUUGGUCUUUAUGCGAGUCAAGACAUUGCUUUGGGUGAAGAAUUGACAUUUGAUUAUCGCUACAAGCUGGUUCCUGGAGAAGGAGCUCCUUGUCUUUGCGGAUCUUCGAAAUGCCGGGGACGCCUUUACUAG